AUGAACGAUCCGUUUGACCGAGCUCCGGGCGCAGGGAGAAGCCGCCUAAAUCCAGCCGAAUACGGGUUCUCUGCUGCGGAAGAAGAAUCCAAAUGCUCUGUUUUUAACCAAAGGGAACCACUCAGACAGCCCCGGAGCCACCCGCCCUUCCCAGACAGCAGCAGCGGGAGCACAGACAGCGGGGAUGCGGGCUCAGGCUGGAAUUUUCCAAAUAGUACUCCACAAUAUUCCCGCAGCCCGACCUCAUACGGAGAUGUGAAUUCUGUCGCCAAAUCGUCCAAACUUUCAGCAACUGCUCCAGAGUUUGUCCCCUCUGGCUGUUUUUCAUAUGAGGAGCCCUCUUACGACGAAGGCGAGUACUACCCCGAGCCCUCUCUGGCAGACAUGGUCACAGACUUCCUGGGACACCUGAGCUCGUCUCCCGGGUCGUUCGAGUCUGACGUGGAAUACAUCACCAACAUGCUCAACUCCUACGUUAGCACCGAAGCCCUGCUGCAGGAGCUGGUGGAGCUCAUCUACUCCAAGAUCAAGAAAUACCUGGAGCUGGAACCUUUGGCCCGAGGCAAACGCUGGAUCCUGAACGGCAGCAGCUCCGACCAGAUGGAGGCCGUGAAGGAGAGCUUCGGCCAAUUCAUCCUUCUAUUGGAGGACAAAGACAUGGAGCCGAGCCGGGCGCCAGAUCUGCAGAACACAGGAGCCGAGGUCAGAGAGGAGGCCAGAGAGGAGGUGAAGGAGGAGGCUACAGAGGAGGUCAGGAGGAGGCCACAGAGGAGGUCAGGAGGAGGCUACAGAGGAGGAGGAGGCUACAGAGGAGGUGAAGGAGGAGGCUACAGAGGAGGUCAGGAGGAGGCUACAGAGGAGGCUACAGAGGAGGUGAAGGAGGAGGCUACAGAGGAGUCUACAGAGGAGGCCACAGAGGAGGUCAGGAGGAGGCUACAGAGGAGGCCACAGAGGAGGUCAGGAGGAGGCUACAGAGGAAGUGAAGGAGGAGGCUACAGAGGAGGCUACAGAGGAGGCCACAGAGGAGGUCAGGAGGAGGCUACAGAGGAGGUGAAGGAGGAGGUGAAGGAGGAGGCUACAGAGGAGGCCACAGAGGAGGUCAGGAGGAGGCUACAGAGGAGGCCACAGAGGAGGUCAGGAGGAGGCUACAGAGGAGGCCACAGAGGAGGUGAAGGAGGAGGCUACAGAGGAAGUCAGGUGGAGGUGAAAGGUCAGGAGGAGGUGAAGGAGGAGGCUACAGAGGAGGCCACAGAGGAGGUCAGGAGGAGGAGGAGGCUACAGAGGAAGUCAGGUGGAGGUGAAGGAGGUCAGGAGGAGGUGAAGGAGGAGGCUACAGAGGAGGUCAGAGAGGAGGCUACAGAGGAGGCCACAGAGGAAGUCAGAGAGGAGGCUACAGAGGAGGCUACAGAGGAAGUCAGAGAGGAGGCUACAGAGGAAGUCAGGUGGAGGUGA